AUACUUUUGGUAGUAAUUAAUAAAAUGCUCAUAAAGAAAUUCCUGCUUAAAUAAACGAGGUCUUUUGAUAAUGUCUUCUUAAUAUCUACAAUAAUUUUAUAAGCCCCCCUCAUAUGAGCCCCCCCUCGAAUAAGCCCCCAUCCGAAAAUAUCAAAAAUAAAUAAGCCCCCAGGGGGCUAAUUCGAGGAUUUACGGUAUCAAGUUAACACAUUUUCUCAUUUUUACGUGAAUAUUUCGUGAUCUAUGACAUCGUACUAUCCUUCGGUGUGUUUGAAUUAUCCAUUAGGUUAGGCUGUAUUAUGCAUCCCAGAUGCUCUUCCUAUGCAUCCCAGAAUGCGAUGCUCUUCUGCAUCCCAGAAUGCGAUGCUCGUCUUAGGUAUCCCAGAAUGCGUUUCGCAUACAGGCAACCUUGUCAUUGCCAAUCUAAGUAAUGAAAUCGGCAAUCUUUGCAUGGAUGUUCUAUGAAUUUAUUAACCAAACUUAGGCUGAUUCUAUCGCAUUCUAAUGUAUUGUAUAACAGUAUUAUUUUAGGAUUUUAGUAGCUGUGUAUCAACAAGUUAUUUAGUAUAGCCGUUAAAUAUUUAACGCAAACAUUAAAACCUGAAUCAUAUAUUCAGCCAAUGGUUAACUUAAAGCUCUAGUCCAUUGUUUCUUUUUAGAGAAUUUUUAUAAAAUCCUUACCCACAUUUUCUCUAGAGAAUAUUUUGUCUUUUGUGAGACUGUGCUUUGGGAGCAAACAUUACCGCCUGGAAAAUGUACCGUACUGCCUUGGGAAUGCACCGCAGAACCUUGGGAAUACACCGUAGCGCGUUGGGAACGCAGGCUGUCGAUAAAGAAACACGCAAUGCGUUUUUCAUUCGUGUUGCGUAUGUGUUUUAUGGCAACCUGAGCACUGAUUUGAUUUUGAAAGAAUCAUCACACUUAGCAAAAUCUCACUGGCUUGAGAGAAAAUCAAAGAAUUUGUCCUCUUAUCUGAAAACUACUUCGUUUUAUCUCUUUAUUUUUUGCGCAAAGUUAUGCAUAUUUUGUCGUCGUUUAUACUCCUAUUAAAUGGCACUAUUAGCCUAGUUAAUAAUUCGAUGGCAUUCUGGCAACGAAUUUUGCCUGUUUGCAGAAUAAUCUCAUAGAUUUAUCCCAGUGCUCGCCAUUUUCUGAUGUCGUUGCUUCGAAGUUAUGCAACCAUAAGGCUCGUAAUUACUUACACGUGUUAAAUCAAAGCACACAUUUAUGGCAAAUUAAACGACGAAAGAACAAUCUUUUAAUUAACAAAGAAUCGCCAUUUCAUAUUUUGUUUUCACUUUUCGUAAGAUCUGUUGACAAGAAAAGAACGGUUUUAAGAUAAGUGAAGUCAGUUCUGUCGUCAGCCGGCUGCGAACAUAAUUGGAUUAAACGGGGGUUCGUUUAAAGCCUCAGACCGCUUCCGUUUCCCAGUUCUUUAUCAGCUGCAGACGGAUUGGUUCACUUUUGAUGAACUCUUGUAGAAAUCAGUUAUACUGUCAACAGCAUCAUCAACAUUACAAAAAGAUCUUCGCGCCCAUUUUUCUGAAGGGUUGUUCUUGAGGUUUCGGUUUCUUGUUGCCUGUUUUUCAUAAAGAGAUCAUCAACGUACAACUCGAAAUUUCCACCCCCAAGCUGACCUUGAACUAUUCAUUCAUCACGACAAUUUUCGCGCAGAAAAUAGAGAAUGGAUCUUUUAAGAGCAUUUUUUUCCAUAAAUGCGAUUUUCUCUGGUGUUCUCAGCUGGAAUGGGUCAUCUUUGUUACCAGAAAACCAUCUGCGGAGGAAACUGUUUGAAGGUUAUGAUCCAAAUGUUUUCCCAGCGCCUCGUGAUAACAGCAAAUUUCAAGUCAGACUCCAAGCAAUCGUUAAAUCGCUGGACAGUGUAGACAUACGCUCAACAACAGCAACAAUAUCAGUCGUGUUCAAUGUUGCAUGGAAAAAUCACCAACUAAAGUGGAAGGGUUCUGAAUUUGAUUCGGUCCCAUUCAUAUUCAGCAAAGUAUCAGAUGUAUGGACCCCGAUGAUUACCCAAGUAGAAUCUGGAAAGAUUUUAUCAACGGGAAAAGAGGGCCUGCUGAAAGUUUCAAAAGAUGGCCGAUGUACUUUCCCUAUGAUAAACCAAGUCGUUGGAAAAUGCAAUACAGAUAUAAAAAGCUACCCACACGACGUCCACAAAUGUGUUUUUACAUUUUAUACUUACAACUUGUAUACAUCAUUUGCUGACCUGGAGUUGAUAAUGGAGGGUGAUGGAGACGAAACAAUCAACGGAGCUUGGUCUUUCACUAAAACGGCAAAAGUGAUCGAUUUCCACACUUUUGCAGCUAUGGCUAUCGAGGUCAACAUCACACGGAAACCAAGCUACGCGAGGCGCAAAAUCUUGCUGCCAUUGUGUCUACUGGCAUUUGUUCCAGUUGUAAAUCAUUUGCUCCCAGUUGAGACGGGGGAGAGAAUUGGUUUUUCAAUGACAGGUCUUCUCACCAUGAUGCUUACGAUACAAUAUGCGAUGGACCAACUGCCAGAGGUGGACGAAGAGCCUUUGACAGUUUAUGUUGGCAGGCUAAGCCUCUUUUUUAUGAUGGUGUCCCUCAUGAUGACAACAAUUAUUCUUAAUGUAUACCAUAAAAAGGGGCGACCAAUGCCACGGCCAUUGCAAAGGAUUUUGAGAGUUGUUUGUCGAUACGUGCUCAUCAGCUACCCAUCUAAAAAUGCCGUUACUGACAUUGGGUCUGAUAAUGAGAACUCUGAUGAUUGGCUUAUUUUGUCACGUGCUCUCGAUCGGAUUUGCCUGCCAAUAUUUAUCACAGUGAUGAUUCUAGCUGUUUUUCCUAUGGUGUUAUAGCCACAAUCAAAGACUAAACUAUGUCUAAAAUUGCAAUUUGACGAUUAGUAUGUACACGCAGCAAUUCCUUGAGUCUUUGUAAAUAAGAGUUAUCAGCCCUGUACCUAAUGAAAAAGGCAUUAAAGAGGCAUUAACGACGCCGUGUAGUGAUAUUGUAAUUAAAUUAUCUUUGGUAUAGUUACGUAUAUUUACUACCUUUCUCGUAUAUUCUGUAUUGUUCCUUUUUGUGCCUCUUGCAUAUUUCUCUGAUAUCUAGACAUCUUGAUAACCAUAGAGUAGCAUCAAAUUAAAGUUUGCGAAAAAUUCAAUUAAUUGUGCAUCUAUGUAUUCCUAUUGUUUGAUGUUCCUUUUACCUUAUCAUUUGUCAUACCCGUAUUUAAAUUAUUCGUUCGGGUGUUUUUCAGUGUCGUUUUACUAAUUGGUCUACCGCAAGCGUUCCUGCUAGGUCCCUUUCUUCCACUUUUUUGUAUAAGCCUUUGUUUCGGAAUCUCUGCUUAGAAAAUAACACCAGAGACAAUAGGUUGUCGUUUUCGGGCUCGAUGAAGGUUUCACAAGGAAGAACAAAUGCUCAAGUAACAUGACCUUGGGAUGCACCAAAAUUUUGUAGGAAUCAGACGAUUCAUUUCUUUAUUUUAUGGACCAUCCAAAAUAGUUAAUUUUGCAUUUAUUUCAUUUCACUUCAUCAAUAUUUAGACUUCAGAAACAUUUAGACUCCAUCCAAUGUCUUUUGAGAGCAUUUCAUACACUGCCCCUUGUCUUGAAUCAAAUGCUAAUUACUUGGGACAGUAUGGGGCUAUACAAGCUCAAAACAAAUGUCAUCAACCUGUAGCACUGGUCUCUUGCUCCUUGGGGGUCACUUGAACUUUUUCAAAUACAGGGGAGGUCCAUCUGAUAAUUAGUGGUAAGAAUUUUCCUUGUGAUCUGAUACUUUUGGGUACCUGAUUUAGCAAUAUACCUUCGUGAUACUUAUGGCUUUAACUAACGCAAAAUAAUGUCGAAAACAGAAACAAAAGAAAAGGUGUUAAUAUAGGAUAGAGUGUUCAAACUGACUAUUAUAGGAUAGAGUGUUCAAACUGAGUAUUACAGGAUACAGUCUAAAAUUAUUAUAAAUAGCUAUCUCUAAUGUGCUCAACAAAAAGAUUUUGUAUUUUGAUAUUUUCAGUUCAUAUCAACAAUUUUUAGUUGAUGUUUUUGGGCCUAAUAAAUUUGUUUUUGAUACUUCUGGGUGCAUUUUGAUAACUGCAGGUGGUCUUCCCUGUAUACAAAAAACUGAAUGACUCCCCUGGGCUCUUGUUUAACAAGAUUACUGUAAAAGAGACUUGAUAAAAGAGCCUAUAAACACCAAUGUGUAAGUGAUCUUCCUUUGGUGAAGUGGUUCUGCUCGCACAAGCGGCAGAUUAUGGAAUCUUGCCGUGGGGCUCUGACACGGUUAGAAAGUUAUAAGGCAACGGUAAAUUAAAGAGUCAUUUAGACGACAUUUAGUUAUGCGCGUCGUCUUCUAAAGUUCAAAUGCGCAAGGCUUGUGAAAACAGGCGCUUCCCUAAUUCAUAUUUUCAUAAUGUACUUUUGGUGAAGGCCACGAUAACAGGAACGCUCAACGGAAUCCGAUAAAAUCCUUGCGGUGAAAAAUCGAUGCAAUGUAGUGAAUUAGUAACACCGCAAGGCGACGUGAAUGGACAACAACAAACGCAUGUAAAUCAGUUAUGGCUAAUGACUAAUGUAUGUUUGCAUUUGGAAAAACAUCACGCCCCCACGGCCAUUGGCCGGAGAAGUUAUCGAGACAAAAAGGAAUCGAAGAAGGAGUUCAAAAAUUUGGAAGGAUGAGGAACUUGAAGAAAUUGAAUUGCAUUUUGGCUUCCAAAAUAUAUUCAGACACAGAAAAUGAAACAAAUAAGCUAAUAUUCUUAAACCUCCUGCUUUUAAGAAAAUUGUGUAUGCAGAGCUGCAUUGCACUGUAAUUAACAUUUCAUAGUUUAUUUAUUUGAUUCUGUUAGUAAUUGAUUUGAGUGGCCAUGCCUCCCACUUCCUUGGUAAGCAAUGAUAUUUCCAAAGAGGUCCUGUUUUGAAGCACUAAAUUCAAGUUCGACUUCUAGAGCUUGGCCCCUCCACCUUGAAGUUCGUGGCAGUUCAC